CAAUCAUUCACAUCCGUCCUCAUCAACCCACUUCUGCAUCGUCUCUUUUUCUCCUCUCCAAUACUAUCCCAAUCAAGAAUGUCCUGAUCUGAUUCAGACUCUCUCUCUCUCUCUCAAACACGCUUUAAGAUCGGUCAAUAAUGGCAACAAAAGGAAAUCCAGGAGACAAUAAAACUAGGAGCUCUGUGUCAAUGUUCAUCGUUGCUGGGUUGUGUUGUUUCUUCUAUCUUUUGGGUGCAUGGCAAAAAAGUGGUUUUGGGAAGGGAGACAGCAUAGCUGUGGAGAUGACGAAAAAGACAGACUGCAGCAUCCUUUCCAAUCUGAGUUAUGAAACUCAUCAUGGAGAGGAAUCUGGGAUUGAUUUCAAAUUGGAAGGCAAGAUUUUUGAGCCAUGCAGUGAUCGAUACAUUGAUUACACUCCCUGUCAAGAUCAAAUGCGUGCAAUGACGUUCCCUCGGGAAAAUAUGAACUAUAGGGAGAGACAUUGUCCACCAGAGGAAGAGAAGCUGCACUGUCUUAUUCCUGCCCCAAAAGGGUAUGUGACACCAUUUCCGUGGCCUAAGAGUUGUGACUUUGUACCAUAUGCAAACGCUCCAUAUAAGAGCUUGACAGUUGAGAAGGCAGUUCAGAACUGGAUUCAAUAUGAAGGCAAUGUUUUUAGGUUCCCAGGUGGUGGAACACAGUUCCCUCAUGGGGCAGAUGCUUAUAUUGAUCAACUUGCUUCUGUGAUCCCGAUAGACAAUGGAAUGGUUAGAACUGCAUUGGAUACUGGUUGUGGGGUUGCAAGUUGGGGUGCAUACCUUUUCAAGAGAAAUGUCAUAGCCAUGUCAUUUGCGCCAAGGGACUCACACGAAGCGCAAGUUCAAUUUGCUUUGGAAAGAGGCGUGCCGGCAAUAAUUGGUGUUCUUGGUACCAUAAAGCUGCCAUAUCCAUCCAGAGCGUUUGACAUGGCUCACUGUUCUCGUUGCUUGAUUCCAUGGGGUGCAAAUGAUGGAAUGUACAUGAUGGAAGUUGAUCGAGUUCUUAGACCUGGUGGCUACUGGGUGCUUUCAGGUCCUCCAAUCAAUUGGAGGAGUAACUAUGUAGCAUGGGAGCGUCCUAAAGAGGAACUUGAGGAGGAACAGAGGAAGAUUGAGGAGAUUGCCAAACUUCUAUGUUGGGAGAAGAAGCACGAGAAGGGUGAGAUUGCCAUCUGGAGGAAGACAGUAAAUAAGGCAGAAUGCAGUGAACGAGAUUCUGGUGUUAUGAAAUGUGAAUCCACAAAUUCAAAUGAUGUCUGGUACAAGAAGAUGGAAGCUUGCAUUACUCCCUAUCCAGAGACUAGCAGUCCCGAUGAAGUUGCUGGUGGGGAAUUGAAGUCAUUUCCAGAGAGACUCAAUGCUAUUCCUCCAAGAAUACUAAGCGAUUCUAUUCCUGGAAUCUCUGUUGAGUCAUUCCAGGAGGAUAACAAACUAUGGCGGAAGCAUGUAAAAGCUUACAAGAGGGUCAAUAAGAUUAUUGACUCUGGGAGGUAUCGCAACAUUAUGGACAUGAAUGCUGGGCUAGGAAGUUUUACUGCAGCACUUGAAUCAUCUAAAUUAUGGGUUAUGAAUGUCAUGCCAACAAUUGCCAAGAAAGAUACUUUGGGUAUUAUAUACGAGCGAGGCUUGAUCGGCAUAUACCAUGACUGGUGUGAAGCCUUCUCCACAUAUCCUAGGACAUACGACCUCAUUCAUGGAAACGGUGUUUUCAGCUUGUACAGGGACAAGUGUAAUUCAGAAGACAUUCUUUUAGAGAUGGAUCGGAUCCUAAGACCUGAAGGCACAGUUAUAAUCCGCGACCAAGUGGACGUACUAACCAAGGUGAAGAGAAUCGUGUCAGGUAUGAGGUGGAAGAUAAAAAUGGUGGAUCAUGAAGACGGUCCUCUUGUACCUGAGAAGAUAUUGUUUGCUGUCAAACAGUACUGGGUUGCAGGUGAAAACUACACGACAUCUUCGUAGAAAAUGGAAAAUGGAAAUUGAGAAAUUAUGCAGAUAUUUAGCAGGCAAUGCUGCUGUGUCUGAUGCUUUCCAAAGGCUUUAUUUAUUUAUUUAUUUGUUUUUUCCUGAUUUAAUCUGAAGAAUUAGCAACAGGAGAGAGACUUCUACAGUUGUUAUCAUUGAUUAGUUGGCUUUUUUUUCUUUUUUUCUCUUCCUUAGCAGCAAUGUAGAUCAAGUUAACAGAGUCUCCUAUCAAUUCUCCUUUUGUCUAUCAUUGUUUUCUUUCAUUUUCAUUUCCUUCUUU